CCCUCCUUCCCUCCCCACUUCUCUUUCCCCCUUGGUCCGAUUGUCGUGCGCACCCUAUCCUUCGGCACCACUCCGGCGGCCCCUCCCCCUCGCCGCACCCUCCCCCCCACCGCAAGCUUGCCCGCCUUCGCCCCACUGCGGCACGCUGCUCCCCGCGCCGCCCGCUGCGCCGCUCGCCCCACGCCCAAGUCGUUGGCCUCCGCGGCUGCCCUGCACUGCGUGUGCCGCGCCCACGUCCUCCCGCACGCGGCCUCGCCCUGGCCAGGCGUCGGUGGCGCUCGUCGCUUAUGCCCCCUUCGCCACCUACACCUCCAACCGCGCCCCUGCGCUGCGUCCGCCACCGCUCCCCACUGUGCCCCGGCCAGCGCAUGGGCCUUCCCCUCUCCUCGGCGGCUGCUACUGAUGCUGCCGGUCAUGGCCAAAGCCAUGGUCAAGGCAACCCAGCACGCGCGCGUGUGAGUGUGUGGCCGGUGCCACUACCAGACCCCAAGACCGAUGAUGAUCCGGUGAUUGACUUCUUCCUGGUCGAGGAUCCGUUUUUGUCUGUAGAGCAACCAGAUGAUGGAGCCCAGGAGAUGGCGUAUCCCGCCGACCACGUCUGCUACCCCGACGAUGUCUACUACUACGUGGAGGCCACUAACGACCAGGAGUAGUUUAGGAGGUUCCUAGGUAGGAGACCUCGCCUCGUUCAAU